AACCGAAAGCGAAGGAAGGGAAAGAAUAGAAUAGUCGGCCCAGGACAGCGAUAAAAGGAUCGGGGCUAAACGACCAGUGCGAACAAUGUGCGGAAAGUGGGUGACGCGGUCGGCGUGGUCGACGGCGACGGAGAGCGGAUAGUGUGGAUGGUGUGGGGAACGAUUGCGAACAGACGCAGACCGAAACAAAAGUGAAAACGUGCAAAAAAAAAAAAGUAAGAAGGAAAAAAACAAAAGAAACAAGAGGCGAAUAGAGCGAAUACAAAGCGACAAAAUGUGCGACGCUGCGGCGGCAACAACAACAACAACUACAGCGGCAGUGGAGGCCACAGCGACGCCUGGAACGGGAGGAGCCACUGGAACGGUAGCUACCACAUCCCCUGAAGCUUCAGCGGCGGCGACGGCUGGCGCUACACCAACAACAAAAAGCGAACGGUCGGCGCGACAAAACUGCUGUCGCCUGUGCAUCGCCCCGCAAUCCGAAUGCAUCUCGAUCAUCAAUAGCUAUGCGGCGGACAAGGAGCCGCUGUCCACCAAGAUCCACAACUGCGUCAGCAUCAAGAUUACACCGCAGGAUCGGCUGUCGCUCCAAAUUUGCCACGCCUGCAUCAGCUACCUGAACUCAUGGCAGAGCUUCAAGAACCGAUGCUUCAGCUCGCAGACGAAGCAGCGCCAGUGGCUGGAUGCCAACAAGAGCAAGCUGCUCAACUACCUGGACCUGAACAGUGCGGAGAAUGGAGGAGGAGGCUCCUACGAUCACCAGCAGCAGCAGCAGCAGCAACAACAGCAGCAGCAACAGCAAUCGGAGAAUGAGCUCGAUGCGGAGAAGGCGACGCCAACGGCCUCAGCAACGGCCGCCAACAUUUUGGAUGGCAUACACUCGCUGAAGAAACGCAAAUCCCUAACAGUCUAUCCACUGCCCGCGAUGCCCAUUAAAGAUGAGCCCAUUGACACGGAUGACGACUACCAGAUGAAGUCCAUUGACGAGUCUGACGACAUGGUCGAUCCCACGAUGUUCCUAGAGCGCUCCGAGCACGAGGGCGAUAUGCCGCUGACGGCCUCGGACUACGACUACACUGCCCAGCAUGGCGUGAAUGCCUCGUCCGCCGCAGCCUCGCUGCCGCCGAAUGCGGUGGCCAAUGUGGCGGCCGCUGGCGACUCCAAGGUGGCCAGCUGCCGGGCCUGCAGCCUGCAGUUCUCCACCCGGGCCAACGCCCGUCGCCACGAGCGCAACCUGCACCCGAAUCUUUUCCAGCUGUCCACCGACUCGCCGCACAACACGCCCAUCACAAAGCCCACGCCCGCCCUAGCCGCCGCCCUGGAGAUCCAGCGGGCAGCGGCUGCGGCGGCCACGGCGGAGGCAAAUCGAGCUGCCGGUGCGGCGGGCGGCAACAUCUCGACGCAGAAGUACCGCCAGGUGGUGAUGAACGCGUUCAUCAAGUGCGAGGGCGGCGGCUACGACUACGACAAUCCCGAACAGUACCGGCCGCUGCUCACCCGCGACAAGGUGGAGUUCAUCGAGCAGAACGACGAGUUCCUCGAGCAGUACCAGACGAUGACCUGCCGCUGCUGCAGCAAGUACUUCAGCACGUACAAGAACUUCAUGGCCCAUGUGCGCAAGAAGUAUCCGCUGCUGCCGCGCAACCUGUGCUUCAACUGCCUCAAGAUGAACGACUCCAAGGCGCUGUUCAUCUCGCAUCUGAAGAAGCGCAACUGCAUCAAUCUCUUUAGGGUUUUGAAUGCGCUGCGUGGCAAAUCGACGACGACGGCGGCGGCCUCGGUCGUUCUAUCCUCAUCCGAGGAUGUGGCGAUGAUGGACGAUGGAGCAAUGGCCAUCCCCGAUCAGGAUGUUUUAGUAGGAGCAGCCGCCAUGACCAGUCCCACAGUGACGCAAGAAGUCGUGACUCCCGGCGGUGGCGGCUCCUCCGAACGUCCGGAGAAGCUGCGCGCCAAGGAGCUGCUGGUCAACAAGCUGUACGAGUGCAAGCUCUGCCCGAAGGGUUUCCGGACCAAGCACGAGUUCCGGACGCAUGUCUACGACAAGCAUGCGGAUGUGCAGCGUAAGGACAACAACUCCAUACAGUGCAGCUUCUGCGGACUGGACUUUGCCGAUCCGGUGGACAGGCGGCGGCAUUACAACAACAUGGACUGCAUUGUCCGGCUGCGCUGCAUGACGUGCGACGCGAAGCUGGAGACGCAUCAGCGUUUCCUCGACCACGUCUACCAGGAUCACUUGGGCGGCGUGGGCGGCGGCAGCGGCGGCGGUGGCGGCGGAGCGAGCAGCGAUAAUGCCUCCACCACGGGCAGCGGAAUGGCCAGGAGCAACAGCAUGGAGCAUUCGCCGGGCAAGAGGAGUCUGUUGGGUGCUCUGGGCAUCGGUGUUGGCUCCUCGGCGGAUGAGUCGCGUAGCAGCAGUGCGGCUCCUCCUCCAUUGACCUCUACACCAAAGCCAGCGGGAGCUACGCAAGUAGGUGGCGGCGGCUCAACCUCCGCUCAGAGCUCGGCGAAUCGGGAUGCCUCCGCCUCCGCCUCCGCUCCGAAAUCCCAGUACUUCUCACGGAUGCCGCAGGUCUGCCCCAUUUGCGGCCAGCAGUACAACAACUACAACAAUGUGCUGCGGCACAUGGAAUCGAAGCAUCCGAACAAACUGCCCGAGACCUACAAGUGCGUGCGAUGCGGACUGGGGUAUCCGAGGAUCUCGUACCUGCGGGAGCAUAUGAUCAAUGUGCAUGGCGUGGACAAGAAUCGGCACUCUGGCGGCUUUGAGUACAUCGUGAAUGCGGAUGCAGUGAAGCUGGCCGACGGCAGCACGCCGAACGUUUACACGGGUCGCUACGACUAUGUGAUGAAGGACCUGAUGUCGAUAACAAAUGGUGGGACACUCGAUGACGAAGAGGAGGAGCCGGGCAGCGUGGCCAAGAAGAUGCGGCUGGACGACAGCAGCAACAACAGCAGCCUGGUGGGCGUGGCCAGCCAGCAGAAGGAGUGCCCCAUCUGCAAUGCGGUGUUCAGCAACAACAUUGGCCUCUCCAAUCACAUGCGCUCCCACUACACGGCCUCGAAUGCGGUGAAUGCGGCUCUGGCGGCAGCCAAUCGAAUGACCCCCAAAUCGCUUACCAUCACCGCCACACCAGCGGCAGGAGGAGGAGGAGCAGGGGAUUCAGCGGAUGUGGUGGUGGGACUAGCAUCAUCGGUCUCGGCGCCAACCACACCGGCUGCCUCCGCCGCCGCCGCCGCCGCCAAUGUGCCGCCGGCAAUGGCCAAUCAAACGCCCCAGGAGCAGGCCGUCUUCCGGCGCAGCCUCGACCAGGCGGCCGAUCGCCGCUUCCGGCGGAUGCGCUGCCGCAUCUGCCAGCGGCGCUUCAGCUCGAAGAAGUCCUAUCGCUACCACAUGCUCACCGACCAUCAGGUGCAGAAUGUGCAGUUCAUCAAGUGCAAGCUCUGCAACGCGGAGUUUGCCUACGAGAAGGGCCUGAAGGUGCAUCUGUUCAAGGUGCACGGGCGGGCGAUCAAGGACGAGAUGAUAAUCAAGCAGUUCGAGUGCGAGGUCUGCUCGAUUGUCUACAGUUCGGAGCUGGAGCUGCAGCAGCACAAGCGCAGCGUCCACAAGAUGGCCUCUGCUUCUGGCUCGGCCUCCACAUCGGCUUCCACUUCCUGCAAGAUUGACGAUGGCGACUCGCUGAUGGACGAGGCCAAGCCCACGGCAGCGGAUCUGGCUGAUCUCUCCACUGCAUCGGGAGCGGGGAGCAGCGGGGGUCAGGCCAUGCUGGGCACUCCGCUGUACUGGUACCAGUGCAAGUACUGCCCCUCCAACUUCAACACCAACAAGAAGCUGGCCAUCCACAUCAACUCGCACGACGAGUUCGACUCGAACGAUUAUUCGUGCAAGGACUGCGGCAACGUCUACAGCGGACGCAAGAGUCUAUGGGUGCAUCGCUACAAGAAGCAUCCGCAAGUGCCCGACCCCGCCGAGUGCUCGCUGUGCCGCAAGGUCUUCUUUGACCGGCAGAUGCAUGACAACCACACGCCCACCUGCAACCGCAAGCCGAUCACCUCGACGGGUGCCCACCAGCAGCAGCAGCAGCAGCAGGAUCAUCAGCAGCAGCAGGCGUCUCUCCAGCCGGCCAGACGAACCGUUUUCCGGCACAAGACCGGCGAUGACGAGGAUGAGGAGGAGGACGAUGAUCAGCAGCAGGAGAUGCCUAAUAGCGAUGGAAACGGGGUGGCGGCUGCAUCCAGCAGCGCGGUUUCCGUAACUGCAGCACCCUCGCUGAAGAUCCGCAUACCCGAGGUGGCCUGCACCAUUUGCGGGGCCCGCUUCACCGACCAGGAGCACUUCAGCAAGCACAUACAGAAGCACGAGCAGGAGCUGUACGUGGACAAUCCGCUGGCGGCGAUGUUCGACGAUGGGCCCGCGGAUGCCGGGCAGUUCCAGGUGGAGCGGCAGAACGAGAACGGGGAAUACGCGUGCGAUUUGUGCGCCAAGACGUUCCCCCAGGUGAUCGCACUCAAGGUGCAUCGCAAGUGGCAUUUCAGAGGUGAUAGCAAGCAGAACCCCAUCGACGGCGAAGCGACACAGUUGACCAACAACAAUCACACAACCAACAACAACAACAACAACUCGAUGCUGCACCUCCGCGAGCUGCAUGCGGUGGGCCUGAUGCCCAACCAGCAGCAGCAGCAGCAGCAACAGCAGCAGCAGAGCCUCAACAACUCGUGCAACAGCAGCAGCAUGAACCACAACAACAGCAGCAGCAACAACCGCAGCAAGUCAAUGAAGCGAAAACGUGAGCUGAAAUGCGAGUACUGCGCCUCCACCUUCAUCAGUAACAACAAUCUGCGUCGCCACAUGUACGAGCUGCACAAGCACGAGGUUAGCAAUCUGCCGGAGCCGCCGGUGAUUGUGGUGGACGAUCAUCUCACCUGCCGUCGCUGCCAGCUGGAGUUCGAGACAAAGGAGCUGUGGAUCGAGCACAAGCUGGCCGAUGCCAAGGUGGUGCGACCCUUCUGCCCCUUCCAGUGGGGCUGUGAUCUGUGCGGCGAGUAUUUGUCGCGCAAGGAGAAGCUGAUGAAUCACAUUAACAAUCAUCUCAAGGAGGAGGUCAUAGUGCCGGUGGCCACCAAGGCGGCGAUUGAGAGGACGGCAGGAGCAGCAGUAGCAGGAGCAGCAGAAGCAACCGCAGCGGUGCCAUCGAUAGGUGAGGCAGCAGAUCAAACGGAGGAGCAAACUGUGGAGAAAGAUGAGGGUGCAGCAGCAGUAGGAGCAACAGCAACAGCAGCGGGGAAGCAGCAGGAAGACAGCGAUGACCUGGACGAGGAUGAUAGCUCGGAGGAGAGCUCGGGUACGGACGACGACGAGGAUACCGACGACGAUGAGGAAGGCGAGGCUGAAGACGAGGACGAGGAGGCAGACGGGGGCGAGGGCGAGGACGAGGAGGGUGUGCAGCCACCCUCAGCUCAGCUGAUGCCGCAGAAGCAGCAGCAGCACCAAAACGACGACGACGACGAUCUCGUCGAGGAGGUCAUCAGUUCGGAUGACGAUGACGACGAUGUGGAAGAUGAUGGCGAGGUGGAAAGCGACGAGGACGACGAUGACGAAGAGGACGACGAGGAGGAGGAGGAGGAGGAGGUGGGAUUGCCGGUGCGACCGGUGCUAAUGAAUGGCAAGUCGAAAAUGCCGCCGCUAAUUGUGGCCAGUUCGGAGGACGAGGACGAUGGUGUGAUGCCCAUCGAGGACAUUAUCGAGGAGGAGUUCGAUGAGGAUGCCGAUCCGGAUCCGGAUGCGGAUGCGGAUCCCGAUGCCAUCGAGGAGGAGGAGGAGGUAGACGACGAUGAUUUAGAUGAGGGCGAUGCGGAGGACGAGCCGAAUGUGGUGUCGACGGCCUCCUCAUCGGAGAGCGAGUCCACCACAACGACCACGUCCAUAUCGCAUUCGCAUUUGAAUUCACAUUCGCAUUCGCAUUCCACGGGUGAGCGGCGUAAGAAGGCCGACGAUCAGUUGAAUGAUCCCGGCUUUACCUGUGAUCUAUGUCAACUUUGUUUCGAUUCUCAGGAGCUUCUCCAGAGCCACAUCAAAAGCCAUAUCCUCAAUGGGCCAAAGCUCACGGCAGCAUCAGCAGAAGCAACAGCAACAGCAAGCAGCGCGGCAGCAACAACAACAACGGCAGCAAAGACGAAGCCUGACUCCAAGUCAGCGGUGCUGGCCAACAAUAACAACAACAAGAGUAAGACUGUGGCUGCCACAACGGCAACAGCAACAGCAACAGCGGCAACUGCAACUGCAACUGCGACAAAUUGAGUAAAAUCAUGCAACACCUCCAUCAUCUCAGUCCAAACUCACUUGAAAUGUACAAAGCCAAUCCACUUAAACACCGCCAUCAUCAUCAUCACCAUCAUCUUUCCUCAUUGCAUCAUAAUCAUUUAAACAAUGAAAACAACAAGAACAACAUCAGCAACGCAUUCCAUCAACAA